AGAAGGAGUAAUAUAUAAUGAAGUCAAUAAAUUUUUUUUAAAAAUAUGUGUAAUUAGAUCUAUAGUAAAUUACCGAGCUCUUCUUCUUCUUCAUCAAAAAGGAAAAAUAAAAAAAGCAAAUAACGAACCGCAUCUACCUUUCUUCAUCUUCUUCAGCUCUCCUCCUUUUCCACACUUCUCCCAUUUUUUAAUGUAGAAAGAACGCAUUUUUAGCGCACGAGUUCUCUUGUUGGAAGAAUCAAGAUUGGGAUGAUGAUGAUGAUGGUGAUGAUGAACAAGAAGGAAGAAAGAUUGGAUGUCUUCUCCGCCGUCGAUCUCGAAGAAUUUGAGCUUUCUCUUGCAGGGGGGCGCCGCCCUUCUCUGCUUCUUCGGCGCCGGCGGGCAGUCGGUCGUCUUCGGGAUCGAAUUCCGGGGAGAAUUCGGCGUCCGGCACAAUUCCUCUUCUCCUCCUCGAUCGCCGCCGGUAACACCGCCGCACUUCCGAUCCUCCUCCGCCCGAAUUUGCUCCGAGGACUGCACUCCCGUUCUGAAUUCUUGAUUCCCCGGCGAGACUUGGCAGGAUUCUUGAUUCCCCGGCGGAGCUUGGCUGGGUUCUCGAUUUCCCGUGGAAACAGGGCUGGGUUCUCGAUUUCCCGGCGAGACAGUGCUGGGUUCGGGAAUUCCCGGCGAGACUUGGGUGGAUUCUUGGGUUUCCGGCGAGAGUUGCCGGAGGUCUAGAUCUACGGACAUGGCGGUUUGCCGGAGGGGGUGGCGGAGGAGAGAAGGAGAUCGGUAAGAACGUGUUUGGGUGAAUAUAAAAAUAGUAAUAGA